AUGAAAAAAUUAUGCCAUGAAAAAAGUGAUUAUUUUUCUCAAAAUUUUCAAUUUGUUAGUCUUUGUCCUUAUAUCCUUAUUUUGGGCAGAUCUUUUAACGGAAAGUAUAAAUCAGAUAACGUAUUAACCUUGAGGCAUAGUCGAUUAUUGGCGAAAAAUGAGAUCAAAAAUGAGGUAUCUAUUAAUGAGUUAAAUCAAAACAAAACAAUAUGUGGAAAUAAUGAAAAACUGGAAAAUGAAGGAAAAGAUAUAUAUACAGACAAAGGAGUGGGUUUAUAUAAUAAUGAACAAAAAAAAGAGACAAAUUUUAAAGAAAUUAAAAGAAGCAUUUUUCUCUUUUUGGAAGACAAUAAAUUAUAUAUGAAAGAUAAAUGCAGAAAGUGUAAAUUAUGCAAAAAUGUAGAAAAUACUUGCAAAAUAAACGUUUCUAAAAUAUAUAGUAACAUAAAUAAACAUCUGGGACAUACAAAUCUUGAUCAACUCAUAUCGACAAAUUUGACUUUUAAAAAAAAAUGUCUAAGAUAUGCAAUAUAUAUCUUACCUUUUAUAUUCUCAUGCAUCCUUGGAAUUUUAACAAAAUCCACAUGUCCACCUUGUUUAUUGAUAAUACUAAUGUGUAUACCAAUACUAUUAAUUUUUUUUCUUUUUUUUGGCACACUUUGUGAUAUAACAAGCGUAAAAAAUGUUUUGGAAAAACGACAUAUUUUUUAUGAAGAAAAUGCAAUGUCUUUAAACAUUUUAAAAAAUGAAAAAAAAAAAAUUUUAAUCCUAAAAGGUAACUGA